AUGCUUAAGAAAUUAUUCUCAGGUUUUCCAAAUAACUCGGAACCACAGUUUCCGAAAACUAUUGAAGGGUUUGGUUACAAAUUCAAUGAAAAUGGUGAACUGAGAAAUAUUGAGACAAACGAAAGAUUUGUAUUUCGCGUCAAACCCGACGAUUAUCACUACAACCAAGGUCAUUAUGAAGCUUUAGGAGAGGCGAUUGGUGAAUACGUUGAAGAUUUACUUGUCUCGCAAUUCCGUCUCAAGCGGCAAGAAAUUCCUCUUAACGAUGAACAGCCAAAGAGCAGAAUCUAUGUUAGUGAGGAUUAUAACGAAAAUUCGACAUUACUCUUGCUUAUGCAAGGUAGUGGUGUAGUACGUGCUGGACAAUGGGCUCGUCAAGUUAUUAUCAAUGAUUCACUCGAGCUCGGUACAAUGUUUCCAUAUAUUAUAAAAGCUCAAGAAUUAGGCUGGGGAAUCCUAAUAUUUAAUCCAAAUGAAAAUUUUGGAGAUGUUAUACGUGAUGGAGAAGUUGAUCGCCGUCCUAUACCAGGAUCGGAGACGCCACAACAGCACACACUUUAUGUGUCUGCUAAAGCUGAAAAGGUCUUGAUGGUUGCUCAUAGUUUUGGUGGAAUUAGUACGACAGCAUUAUUGGAUGAAAAAAAUGAAGAAUUUAAAUCUCGUGUAAAAGUGGUGGCAUUCACUGAUAGUGUACACAGUGCCGGAAUGGUCCCACGACACUCGCAGAAAUGGUUCAAAGAAAAUACGUGUAACUGGAUUAAAUCCGAUCGUCCGUUUGAUACGCCAAUAAAAGAGGCCUAUCGGUAUUUUGGGUGUAAAUGUUUUUCAGCAGGACACGUCAAGCACGAAUUUACCUCUGGUAUGGCUAUCGAAUCGGUCUUUGAAUUUCUGAAAUGGGGACUUGAGAAAGGCGAAAAUAACAAAACUGUCAAUGGAGAUAGGGGAUCAGGAAAGUUUGACGCUGAUGCUGCUUCCGAUAAUAACGAAUUGAAAUCUGAUGAUGAGGAAGAGGCGAAAAAGAAGAAAAAGGAUAAGAAGGAUAAUACAGAAACCGAAGACCCGAUGGAGGAAGAGACGGAAAAGAAAAACGAUAAGAAGGAUAAUACAGAAACAGAAGACCCGAUGGAGGAAGAUGCGGAAACGAAGGAAAAGAAUAAGAAAGAUAAUACAGAAACCGAAGACCCGAUGGAGGAAGAUGGCGAUCUUUCGCCUACAGAUAAAUCAUUAACGAUAUCUGGAAACGAAGUCUCAAAUUCAAUUGUUGAUGGUGGUGCUGCUCCAGAAUCAACAGCAAAACAAGCAGAAGUAUCUCUCACAACAGAAUCAUCAUCUUCAUCCUUACUCGAAACAAAUACCAACGGUGAAGAGACAAAAAAUCAUAAAAACCCUGAAGCUCCGACCAAACUUCAAAAUGAAAAUGUGAAUGAUAUCACCAAUGAAGAAGACAGUAAUAUUAACAGUCUUAUGGAAAGUUCGGCAGUUGAUCUUAAAGAAAUAACGAAAGAUGAUGAGACACCUUCCUCAUUCAAACAAUCCUCGUCACCACAACCUCCAAAACCCUAUAACAUUAAUAGUAGUAAUUACAAUAACUUUUAUAACAAUCCCAAUAACUCAUCGCUUAAAUCCGUUAUCGUUCCGCCACCAUAUAAAGCCGACUCUGCGGGAAAGAUGAUACUAGAGCCCAGAUUCGGAGGUCUCUUAUGGAACCUUACUAGCCGCCUUUGCAUGAUGUCGUGUUCGCUAAUUGCGAAAUUUUUUCUGAGAUUUUGCACCAAAUCGACUACUGUCUAUAAUAAGGAACCAUUUGUUAGAGUGUUAAUGGAUCCUAAUAGAACGCGUCCUAUUCUUACAGUUGCUAAUCAUCAAUCAACUGUAGAUGAUCCGCUAUUAUGGGGUAGUCUUCCAUUUUGCACAACAAAAUCAACGAGAACUGUACGAUGGACACUUGGCGCUCAAGAAAUAUGCUUCACUAGCAAUUUUCUUUCGCACUUUUUUGCACUUGGUCAAGUUGUGCCUACUGUUCGCGGUGCAGGAAUUUAUCAACCAGCAAUGAAUUUUGCACUUGAUAAACUUAACGAAAAGGAAGGAAAUUGGGUUCAUAUAUUUCCCGAAGGAAAAAUCAAUCAAACAUCUGCAUUGAUUCCAUUCAGAUGGGGAGUUGGACGUCUAAUGAUGGAAGCAAAAAAUCCUCCCAUUGUCGUACCGUUAUGGCAUAAAGGUCUAGAAGAGAUAAUGCCAGAAGAUCGAGACAACCCAUUUGUUCCUAUUCUUUGGCAGAAAGUCGCGAUUGCAUUCGGCGAACCAAUCGAUCUCAAAGACAUUCUCGCUGAAUUUCACGAAGGAAAAGCUGAAGAAGUUGCGACUCGUAUUAAAAUUUCUGAUGUGAUAUUUGGCGCGUUGAAUGAUCUUAAGAAGAAGGCUGAGGCUUUGGAGGCUGGAAAGGACAUUCAUCAUAUACCGUAUUACUAG